GCUCCCCCGCGCAGAGCAGCAGAGGCCACCGCUCCCAGAAAUGCGUGCGCCGGAUCCCCUUCUCCCGGACCCGAGGAGCCGGCGCCCCCGCCCUGUAGAUUGAAAAAGAAAAAACAAGCCAAACAAAAUGCAGAGACAGCCUCAGCUAUUGCUACAAGGACCCAUCCUGGAAAAGAGGAUGCUAAAACUGUCAUUUUAGAACAAGACAAGUGCAACAUUGCUGUAGAAGAGGGAUAUAUUACUGAUGAGAAAAAAAAGAGAAAAAAUAAUCAGUUAAAGGAGAUCAGGCGUACAGAACUAAAGAGAUAUUACAGUACUGAUGACAAUCAAAACAAAACACAUGAUAAAAAAGAGAAGAAAAUGGUGGUUCAGAAGCCCCAUGGUACUAUGGAAUACACUGCUGGAAGCCAGGACACCCUAAACUCCAUAGCCCUGAAGUUUAACAUCACUCCCAAUAAAUUAGUGGAACUGAAUAAACUUUUCACACAUACUAUUGUUCCAGGCCAGGUCCUCUUUGUGCCAGAUGCCAACUUUCCUUCCAGUACCUUAAGGUUAUCAUCGUCCAGUCCUGGUGCUACUGUCUCUCCUUCAUCAUCAGAUGCAGAAUACGAUAAGCUGCCUGAUGCUGACUUAGCAAGAAAGGCCUUAAAACCCAUUGAAAGAGUCUUAUCAUCCACUUCUGAAGAAGAUGAGCCAGGCGUGGUAAAAUUUCUAAAAAUGAAUUGCCGAUACUUCACCGACGGAAAGGGUGUGGUCGGAGGCGUCAUGAUCGUUACUCCUAACAACAUCAUGUUUGACCCUCACAAGUCUGAUCCCCUGGUCAUUGAAAAUGGUUGUGAGGAGUAUGGCCUCAUUUGCCCCAUGGAAGAGGUGGUUUCCAUUGCUCUCUACAAUGACAUUUCCCACAUGAAGAUCAAAGACGCCUUGCCAUCGCCUGGAGAAUGGGAAGACCUGGCUUCAGAAAAAGAUAUCAACCCCUUCAGUAAGUUUAAAUCUCUCAACAAGGAAAAACGGCAGCAGAAUGGGGAGAGAACCAUCACUUCAGAUUCUGAAUCCAUAAGACCUUUGGAGAAGUCAACAGAAUACACACACAUGAAGCCCUCAGAUGGCUCUCUGUCAGGCAAGUUAAAGACACUGGAAUCUUGUACAGAGACAACCAGUGGAUCUCCCACAGUGACUAAGGUCAACAAGGAACCUUCUGACACUCGUGCUGCAUUUGAAUCUAUAGCCAAAGAAAAUUCCCUUUUAGGGGAAGAUGAUGACUUUGUUGACUUGGAAGAACUUUCUUCUCAAACUGAUAGUGGAAUGGACAAAAGAGACACCUCCAAGGAGUGCCUUUCUCUUGACCCAAAAGAGCUAAGGAAGGCUAAGUCCCGCAUCAUCGGCUCUACUACAGAGAUGCAGGUGCAAGCAGCCCUGAACUUUGCAGGAAGGGAUAACGAUGCCGAACUGAAGGGGGCCCUAGAUUUAGAAACCUGCGAAAAGCAAGAUAUAAUGCCAGAGGUGGACAAGCAGUCUGGUUCCCCAGAAAGCCAAGUGGAAAACACACUGAACAUACAUGAAGAUCUAGAUAAAGUUAAACUCAUUGAAUAUUACCUUAAUAAGAACAAAGAAGGGUCACAGUUAUCUGAAAACUUGCAGAAGGCAGAAUUAAGUGAUGGCAAAAGUACUGAGCGAGUGGGAAUAGAUAUCACCCUUAGUAGUUCUCUUCCCCAGGGAGGUGGUCCCCCAACUGAGGGCAGUAAGGAGCCAGAUAAAACCUGGGUGAAAGAGAGAGUGUCCCUCCCAUUGCAACUGGCCUCUUCUACAGGAGAAAAUGUGAAUAAAGGGUCUUUAGACACCUCUUCAGAAUCUACUCUGGACAACAGCUGCCAAGGCGCACAAAUGGAUAAUAAGUCCGAAAUUCAGUUGUGGCUAUUAAAGAGAAUUCAGGUGUGUGAUUCAGAUAUACUUCCUUCAAAAGAGGAGAAAAGCAAGUCUCCACCCAUGUUUCUGUGCAUUAAAGUAGGAAAGCCAAUGAGAAAAUCCUUUGCCACUCACACUGCAGCCAUGGUCCAGCAGUAUGGCAAACGAAGAAAGCAGCCCGAGUACUGGUUCGCUGUUCCUCGGGAGAGGGUGGAUCACUUGUACACGUUCUUUGUUCAGUGGUCUCCUGACGUCUAUGGGAAAGAUGCCAAAGAGCAAGGCUUUGUGGUGGUGGAAAAGGAAGAGCUGAAUAUGAUCGACAACUUCUUCAGUGAGCCGGCCACCAAGAGCUGGGAGAUCAUCACAGUUGAGGAGGCAAAGCGCAGGAAGAGCACCUGCAGUUACUAUGAAGAUGACGACGAGGUGGCCCUGCCGGUCCUGCAGCCCCAUAGCGCACUCCUGGAGAACAUGCACAUCGAGCAGCUGGCCCGACGCCUUCCAGCGAGGGUACAGGGGUAUCCGUGGAGACUCGCAUAUAGCACAUUAGAGCAUGGGACCAGUUUGAAAACUCUCUAUCGGAAGUCAGCGUCGCUAGACAGUCCUGUCCUAUUGGUCAUCAAAGAUAUGGAUAAUCAGAUUUUUGGAGCAUAUGCAACUCAUCCUUUCAAGUUCAGUGACCACUAUUAUGGCACAGGCGAAACUUUUCUGUACACAUUUAGCCCCAAUUUCAAGGUCUUUAAGUGGAGUGGAGAAAACUCAUACUUUAUCAAUGGAGACAUAAGUUCUUUGGAACUUGGUGGUGGAGGGGGACGAUUUGGUUUAUGGCUAGAUGCUGAUUUAUACCAUGGACGGAGCAACUCUUGCAGCACUUUCAAUAAUGAUAUCCUUUCCAAAAAGGAAGACUUCAUAGUUCAGGACCUUGAGGUAUGGACAUUCGAGUGAAACUCACUCAGACUGCCUUAAAAUACCGCGUUAAAGAGAUCGGGUUCCAUCAGCCCUCCUAACGCCGGCUGGAAGACACAGCCCCGGCCCUGACCGCCUCAUCCCACCAUACUGCUUUCUUUCCGCCGUCGUCUCAGAGCAUGGCCAUGCUGCAGAGGGAUUCCGAAAGGGACAUGUGAUGUGGAGGGCAGACAACGAAGAAAGAGGGUUGAAGUCCAGAUUGUUGAAAGACUUUAUACUCCCAUUUCCUUCAAAUCCAUAUAGUGAGGAAUCAGAAUAUUUAUAGAUGUAUGAGUUGAAUGCAAUUUUUAUUUUUGUUAACUGUGAAAAAAAAGAUACUGUGGAAAUACAUACAUGCCUUGUGUAUUUAUCAAUGUAAUUUUCAUUACCAAAAUUUAAAUGUACAGCAUAUUAUUGUUUGCCAUGGAAAAGCUUAGUCUCAUUUAGAAAAACUGAAAGUGCUCGGCACUUAAGGGAGUAUAUGAUUUUUUUUAAAAAUUGUCUUAUUUAUUAUUUCUAGUAUAUUGUCUAAAAUGUGUUGGCAGUUUUUUUCUUUUAAUGUGUCAAAUCUUGAAAUAAAGAAAUGUAUACAUUUUGUGCUAUGUUUUGGCAACAAACCCAUUUGAUUUAUAUAGUUUUAUAUUGAAUUUUUUUUUUUGCCCUGAUUGUUUAGGGUGAUAGGUCUUAAGCAGCAUACAUAUAUAUAUAUAUAUAUAAUAUAUAUAUAUUAUAUAUAUAUAUGCAUAAUUCUGAAAUUUUAAAAACUCAUUACCAAUGUUUAUUGGUUUGUCUGUUGUAGGCCGGCUUUCCAUUUAGUUAUUAAAAAGGCACAUUUUUACUUACUCAAACAUAAUUGUGUGAAGAAGCAGCCAUUUCUCACAGUUAUAAGUUGGUAUUUACAGAAAUGGAUACCUUUCUGAAUCUAGACUUAGAACAAACCCUUUUGAAAAGAAAAUAUUUUGUUUCAUAAAAAAUCAUAUGUGUUAAUAACAAAAACUUUAUUUUAUAGUGUUUCAUGCAUAAUUUUCCCCAAGUUCUUAAAUUAAUGAACAGGCCUCUGUUUUAAAAGAACCUGAAUGUUUUCAUUUCUGCAUAUUUUAUAUCAAAUGAAAAAUGUCAAAUUAGCCCAGUUGUCUUGGUUUCUAAAUUCUUUUGAGAAAAAGCAAUGCAAAGAAGUGCAUUCAUGCCAAAAUUGAAAUUAAAAAAGUAAAGCCUAUUUUAACAUCAACCCAUUUUCAGAUCAUAAAAUACUCUUUGUUAAAAAUGACAGUAAAGCCUUGUUAAAAAUUAAACAAUAUUAUUAAUUGCCAAACUUUCAGGAAAGCCAAAGACUGCUAAUGGAAAAAGUUUUGAAAUAAUAGCCAAAGCUGAGAAGUGGUCUGUCAUAAAUUACAUCCCCAGUGAUCUCUGAAAGGAAAAAUUAAUAACAAAUAGCAUUUAUAUACCUGCAUUAAAAAAAAUCUUUAGAAUAUUAGCCUUAAGCUGGCAGAAUAUUUCCUUUAGAUUAUUCUCUUAUUUUAGGAUAUUUAUGAAAGAGAACAAAUUACCAAGUGGCCUCCUGUCAGAUCAGCAACUAUUUUACUCACAUUCCAUGCAAGUUUAAAUGAAUUCUGUUAAAUAUUAAAUGUGUAGCCUGGGUGUGCUUUCACCCAAGUUCUCCUAUUGAGAACUCUUGAUUAACAACAUAUUGACAGUUUAACCUUAAUCUGCUCGGUAAAUGAUGUGUUGGUGUGAGAUACCAGGAAUGUCUCAUGAUGAUCAAGUUUAGCAUUUAUGCCAUUUGCAACCAUAUGCUAUUAAUGAACAAAAUGGUCAUUUUGCAUAUAGUUCACUCCUGCCUAGUUUAGUCCAUGAUAUUAAAGUUGUGAGAGCAUAUCCAGAUGCUGUGUUCUCUAUUUAAAACAGUAUUGUCCAAUCAGAAAUGUGUGGCCCUUCACUUAUGGAUAUUGAGUAUAUGUAAUGCAGUGCUAGCCCAAUAUUUUCAAUAAAGGAAUUUAUGCAUCCAG